AAAUCUCACAGUUUUGAUCUAAGAGACCGGAUGAGACCGCCCAACACCUCCGCUCCCAGCAUCUAUAAAAUCAGAAGCACUUCACAUACACAGACGUUCUCAGGGACACUGAGAGCUCGCAUAUAAGCUAAUAUUCCAGGUUCCUUUCGAGAUGAGCAGCUCAGUGGGUCUCCUCCUGCUCUCAGCAUGCGUUCUGUUCACAUGCUCCUCAGCACAGAAAAGCUGCAGAAAUCGAUGUGGAGAAGCUUAUUCACGAAGCAACGAGUGUCAGUGUGACUACGAGUGUCUCUCACACAACGAGUGCUGCAGAAACUACGAAUCUGUUUGCACUGAAAGAGGCUCCUGUAAAGGCCGAUGUGGUGAGCAUUUCAAGCGAGGGAGACAGUGUCACUGUGAUAUCGAGUGUAUUAAAUACAGACAGUGCUGUCCAGACUAUGAGACCCAGUGCACCACUGAGGAUUCCUCAAUGGAGGAAGAAUACAGUGAGUUGGAGGUCAGCACUCCUCUGGAUUACACCGCAUCUGAAGAAGCUGUAAGUGGUAGCAAGCCUUCUCCCUAUGACACUGACACAUUUGAAAACCAAAUAGACUUAGAUUCUGGAACAGUGCCAAGUAUAACUGUCUCUCCUUUGGCUGACAAGGACCCAGAUAUACUCAGCUUUGAACCUGAGCAGCUUUCUCCUAACAACUCAGAUCCUAAUUUUCCUCCAAUAUCAUCUAGUCAGGCCAUCAGCCAGGAACCUUCAGAACAGUAUGCAGCUACCACAAGCCCAACAGACAUCACACCAGCAUCUGAGCAGACUGACCUGGAAGCAGACCCAACAACUACAACUACCACCAAACCAACUGCGAUCAAUCCUCAGUCUGUCUUUGAACAGGACACUGACACAUAUGAAAACCAAACAGAAUUACGCCCUGACCUGCUUGAUUCUGGAACAGUUCCAAGUAUAACUGUCUCUCCUUUGGCUGACAAGGACCCUGAUAUACCCAGCUUUGAACCUGAGCAGCUUUCUCCUAACAACUCAGAUCCUAAUUUUCCUCCAAUAUCAACUAGUCAGGCUAUCAGCCAGGAACCCACCCAGGAACCUUCAGAACAGUUUGUAACUACCACAAGCCCAACAGACAUCACACCUGCAUCUGAACAGACUGACCUGAAAGCAGACCCAACAACUCCAACUACCACCGAACCAACUGCUAUCCAUCCUCAGUCUGUCUUUGAACAGGAUCAACCUUCCUACGUUGCAUCAGUUCCAACUCUUCCUCCUAAGAUGGCUUCACCUAGACCAAAUUCCACACUAAUGUCUGAACAAAGUGCAACAACAAACUCCCAGAGCACCUCAGAGCCCGAACCCACACCUUCAGCCAGUGCUCAGGCCAAUAAUACAGACCAUGAGCCUUCUAACCCUGAUGACAGACAUGAUCCUGAGGUAAACCUUGAGAAUCAGACAGAUGCUCAGUUGGAACCCAGUGAAAACACAACCCAAGAAAUCCAGGAAAAGGACUCAACAGACAAGCCUACCGCUGAGAAAAUAACUGAAGCACAAAAUGAAACCCAGAAUAUGAACAUCAUUCAUUCUACAAAGGAUUCUCCAACUGACCCUGCCUUAAUAGAAACCCCUGCUUCCAUGAAGGUUAGCCUUUCUCCAACUAAAAUGCCAGAAAAACCCAUUAAACCUAUAGAUCCUAGCAAAAAUCUUCAGGACCUUCAGGAGUAUCAGGCAGAUACCAACAGUGACACCAAUCUCUGCAGUGAUCUUCCAGUCAAUGGCUUGACUACGCUUAGGAACGGCAGUGUUGUGGUUUUCCGAGGCCACUACUUUUGGAUGCUGGACUCCAGAAGAAAAGCUGGGCCUGCUCAGUCAAUCACAGAAUUUUGGGGAAUCCCUUCUCCCAUUGACACUGUCUUCACACGCUGUAACUGCCACGGCAAGACCUACAUCUUCAGGGGAGAUAAAUACUGGAGGUUUGAAAAUGACAUCAUGGAUGUCGGCUUUCCCAGACCCAUCAGCGAGGGCUUUGGACUUAGGGGACAAGUUGUCGCAGCUUUAUCCAUGCCUCAGUACAGAAGCAGAAGGGAGUCUGUAUUAUUCUUUAAAACAGGUGGACUGGCUCAGAGAUACAGCUACCUCAACAAACCUAACUGUGGCAGCAAGUCAACGGCGGUCAUAGUAAAGAGAUUAAGAAGAGAAGCAGUCCCUUCUCUGGGUCCACAGCUCGAAAUUAGGAAGACGUGGCUAGGCUUUCCGCCCACAGUGACAUCAGCUGUGUCAGUACGCACUACAGGAGGGGACGGAUACAAAUACUACGUGUUCUCCCCAUCCAAAUACUACAGUUUGAAGAUGGAAGGUGACACUCCAGUCAUUCUCACUCCUAGGGCUGGACAAGAAAAGCAAAAAUCAGCCAAAAGGUGGUUCAGAUGCCCAGAGACCAGCAGUAUGUAGGACACACUAUGCCAUUUAAAUGAGGACUGUGUGCAAGAUUGCUUUAUUAUAUAAUUGAAUAUCGAUGUAAAACAUUGAAGCUUCUUUUCACACAAAAGAAAAAAACACAUUUAUGUGAAAGUGUCUCAUUAACAGCUUUUUAAAACGCCAGCUGUCCAAAGUUCAAACCUUACUUACCUGACCAAUCAGGUGGCAGUUUAGAGGGCAAGUGAGAAAAACAGGGCCAGUGAAUGAGGAUAUUUAUGACUCACAUGUUCCAACACUGAAAAACAAACAAUACUGAGGCUAUUUUUGGAACCUUUAUUGGUACAUGGUGUGACUAGACUGUUUAUAAGCUCCACUUUCAUUAAUUUUAUUAUAUAUAUAUAUAUUAAUAUUUGAAUAAACUAAUAUUUAUUACAGAUCAUACUAAGCAUGUCGGACUGGUUAGGGCCAGCAAGAAUGUAGUUAUGGUUAUAAAAUGGGUCAAAAGUGCCUCAAUAUUGCACAAUCACCUCUCAGCAUAUCAAGUUUCCUCUUCAUCAUGUUUUGUGCCUUGUGUAAAAGCAGCUUUAAAAAAAAAAAAAAAUCAUUUUGUACCAAAAAAUUCUUUAUUAUAUCCACAGAAUAUAUAGCAACACUUUAGUUUUAGCAUAAAAGCUUAAAGUAAAUAAAAAAUGGAUGAAAAAAGCUGAACUUGAGAAUGAUCACAUCUCUAGUGGACCAGCUUGUCGAAGUGUUUGAGUAGCAACUAGAAUGACUGCAACAUCUCUGGAUUCAUCUGGCAAAGCGCCUUCGCACUCCCAUAACUACUGAUCCAUCUGCAGUGAGAAACAGGAUAAAGCACUGUGUUAUCUGCCAGGCAUGCUGUUUACAUAUAACGUCCACUACAUGCUUUUCAUACCUUCUUUCAAUAAAACUGCCCCAAUGUUUA